GGCCGCGAGCGUGGGCCAUCUCGAGACAGUUGCGGGCUGCGGAGCGUGGAGGUUGGCGGCCUGCGUUCGGCCAGCUCCAGCGGCUCACAGGGUGAAGUAACGAGGCGCAGCAAGCCGAGCCUCCCCGCUCCUCCGACAGCGUGGGCCAUGGAGACCCAGGUGCUGACGCCGCACGUCUACUGGGCUCAGCGCCACCGUGAGCUGUAUCUGCGCGUGGAGCUGAGUGACGUGCAGAACCCCGCCAUCAGCAUCACGGAAAACGUGCUGCAUUUCAGAGCUCAGGGACAUGGUGCCAAAGGAGACAACGUCUAUGAAUUUCACCUGGAGUUCUUUGACCUCGUGAAGCCAGAGCCGGUGCACAAGCUGACCCAGAGGCAGGUGAACAUCACAGUCCAGAAGAAGGUGAGCCGGUGGUGGGAGAGGCUCACGAAGCAGGAGAAGCGCCCACUGUUUUUGGCCCCUGACUUUGAUCGCUGGCUGGAUGAAUCCGAUGCAGAAAUGGAACUGAGAGCCAAGGAGGAAGAACGGCUAAAUAAACUCAGACUAGAAAGCGAAGGCUCCCCUGAAACUUUUACAAGCUUGAAGAAAGGGUACCUGUUCAUGUACAACCUUGUGCAGCUUCUGGGCUUCUCCUGGAUCUUCGUCAACCUGACGGUGCGCUUCUGUAUUUUGGGAAAAGAGUACUUCUACGACACGUUCCACACCGUGGCUGACAUGAUGUAUUUCUGCCAGAUGCUGGCACUAGUGGAAACCCUCAAUGCUGCGAUUGGUGUCACGAGCUCCCCUGUGCUGCCUUCUCUUAUCCAGUUUCUUGGAAGAAAUUUUAUUCUAUUUAUCAUCUUCGGCACCACGGAAGAAAUGCAAAACAAAGCUGUGGUUUUCUUUGUGUUUUAUUCAUGGAGUGCAAUUGAAAUUUUCAGGUACCCCUUCUACAUGCUGUCCUGCAUCGACGUGGACUGGGACGUGCUCACGUGGCUCCGUUACACUAUGUGGAUUCCCUUAUACCCCCUGGGAUGCUUGUCAGAAGCUGUGGCAGUGAUCCAGUCCAUUCCAGUAUUCAAUGAGUCAGGAAGGUUCAGUUUUACUUUGCCAUAUCCAGUGAAGAUGAAAGUCCAAUUUUCCCUCUUCCUUCAGGUUUACCUUGUAAUGUUAUUCUUAGGGUUAUAUAUUAAUUUUCGACACCUUUAUAAACAGCGCAGGCGGCGGUAUGGACAAAGAAAGAAAAAGCUCCACUAAAGAGAAAUUUGGUAGCUUUGUGCUGGUUUGAGCUGAAUCUAUGAUUCUUACCAUUUUACCUUCUUGUACUGAUGUAAAAGUUAUUAUUUUUUAAGUAAGGCUAUCUCCUUUCCCCAGUAACAUUCCUGAACUUACUGUAUUUUAUCUUAGUAUUGUACUUGCAUGACAUGGAUUUCUGGUAUCUGACAACAGGUUCAUGCUUCUGUAUUUAGUGACAGCUAGACUGCCCUCACCUUUCAUUCAUGUCAGUCUGCUCUUUCCUACAGGUACUAUCUCUCUUCACAGUUAGGACAGGACUACAUUUCCCCAUUGAAAAUGAUCAGAAGUGACCCAGGCAGGACCUAAUAUGUAUUAUACCCAAAGGGUUACUUGUGUAGGGGGUAAACUGACUUUUUGAAAAGCAGGUAAAUUUGGUCAUUGAUUAAACAUUUUUGAGCCAGAGUAGGGCUGGAGAACACUUUGUAUUUGAUGUCUUUUGCUUAAAGACUUUCAUUACUACAGCACUUAGCAGCAUGGGCGUCAAAGAGGCAGAGUGAUUUAAAGAAAGCCAUCAGAACCUGGGAACAUCAUGAAUAUUUCAUUCCUAUUUACAACUGUCUGCAACACUGGAGAAAGAGGGAGCAUUACUUGCAAAACACUGAUAUUAUAAGUUCCAAAUGUGAAUGAAUGGCUGCAGGGGUCAAAAGGAAACAGAGAUUUGGGAGCUAGACAGCUGUUGUAAUGGGAGCCUGUGGCAAAUACUAAAGUAGGCCAGACACACCUACAAGCUGUCCUGGCCUGUGCACACAGUCAGCCUAUAACUUUUUUGGACUAGCUCAUUUUCUUGUGUAUUUCUCUGAGUGAUCAGUGAGACUACCUUUUUCAACUUCAGACUCCUGUUUGUUUUUAUUUUUUAAAACCUGUGCGCAGUGGGAACUUGAGCUGGGAAAUCACCAGGAUUCCUGCAGGAAACCCCCCAAAAGGGGGACUGAAUAAAACCUAGACCUCAGGGUUGGCCAUUGUACAAGAUGUUGUCAGUCUCACUACCAUAUUCCAUGUAAACCUAGUUAUGGGGUAACACUAGAAAUGAGCUAAGGGUGGCAGCACCCAGGUCUGCCACGCUCAGCUGUGUUGUCUCAGUGAGCCCAAGGCAUUAAGCUGGCUGGUCUGACAACCUCAUCUCACUGAAGAGUAGUUUACAGAUUUGCAGCUUCUGUCAGUGCUUGUUGGUAGUGCCUUCUGGUGUUUCUUCCACUGGCAGUGGGACUGACCAGGCAGGUCAGCUUUGCAGCCAACUGUGCUGCAUCCUUGUGCAAAAUCCCAUGUUCUAGUUGCUGUUAGUAUCCCCUUUGUUGCUGUCUGAGAAAGUGAAAGAUUGUGUAUUUCUAUUAAAACAUUUACAGUCAAAAU